GUAGGAGUUUUGCUAUUAUCUGUUGAUACUCGACCAGGAAGGGUUGAUUACAAAUUAUUCUGUGAAAUACUGAUGCAAGCAGAUGACUAUCUAUGAGCAAGAUCCUGAUGUUGUACGGUGGGGUCUUCACCUUCUAGACAUUUGCUCAUUUACUGAUGCUGGUUCUCCUGGCAUUGUUACCUGUUAUGACGAGGACUUAUCCCAAGUUGAGUACGUCAAAGAAGAUUAUUGCGAGGCAAAGCACACUAAUGUGGACAAUGAUGAGAUAAUUGCACAUGCUUUUCAAGAAGAACUAUCACGAAUUGCUGCUGCAGAGGCAUCUGGAUCUUCAAUUGCUGGGGAAGAAAAUCAGCAAGUAUCCAUCCUUGCUCAGGAUUGGCCUGACCUUUUGGAAGGACAUUCUGUCUAUGGACAUGAGAGCAGCCAGGAAGAGGGAGGGGAAGGUUUAUGUCCUAGCCCAGGAGAAAAAUCUGAUGAUGGGGUAGACCAUUUGGGUUCACCAGAGAUAGCAGAUGAGUGUACUAUUGAUGGUGAAGUGGGCAAGAGGUUGAAUCAGAUGGUUCCAGUUCCUCAUGUUCCUCGAAUUAAUGGAGAAAUACCUUCAGUUGAUGAAGCAACAUCAGAUCAUCAAAGGCUGCUAGAUAGGUUGCAGUUAUAUGACCUGGUUGAACUAAAAAUGUCAGGUGAUGGUAAUUGUCAGUUUCGUUCAUUGUCUGAUCAAGUCUAUCGAACUGCCGAUCACCACAAAUUUGUGAGAGAACAAAUUGUUUAUCAGCUAAAGUCUCAUCCAGAGCUGUAUGAAGGUUAUGUUCCCAUGGCUUAUGAUGACUAUUUGACAAAAAUCAGCAAGACUGGUGAAUGGGGUGAUCAUGUCACAUUGCAGGCAGCUGCUGAUACGUUUGGUGUUAAGAUAUUUGUCAUAACAUCGUUCAAGGAUACUUGUUACAUUGAGAUUCUUCCACACAUUCAGAAGUCAAACAGAGUUAUUUGCUUGAGCUUUUGGGCAGAGGUGCACUAUAACUCAAUUUAUCCACAAGGAGAUUUUCCUGCUUCAGAGACUACUAAAAAGAAGACGUGGUGGGACUGGAUUGCGAGUUAGUAUUCAUAGCACAAGUCUGUUGGGGUUUGGAACAGUUUUGACACUUAAUAACUCUUGUCUCUGGAAGAAGGUUCAGUGUUGGCCUCUAUGCUAUCUGGCCCGUCUCAAAGUGGAUUUUUCUCUGCAGAUAUCAUUUCAUGGUGGUCCAAAUCAUUGAGAAAGCGGUAGCUCUUCCUCUGCUGAUGCAUAUGCGUGUAGGCUUUACUUGUACAUAUCAAAUUUCCUACGUUAUUUUCGUUAUAUUAAGACUUCUAUUCUUUUUGUAUAUAUUUUUUUGUCGUAAUAGUUUUUUGUCACCUUCUGUAAUGUUUUGUAGGCCUUUGGUUGUUGCUGCUAUAAUAACUAACUUAUGGGAUGCAAACUUUAUCUAUUCUAUUUUCGCAAUUUGACAUUUCCACACGCCCAAUUUGAAGUCGAGAUUAUUGCCCAUUACCUGUUUUACUCAAACCUGGGAACAGAAGAAAAGAGCAAAAAACAGGGGGAAUAUAUGUUUAUUUUCGCUUCUCUCUGUCUCUCUCUGUAUAAAGCUUGGGGGUAAACUGGUAAGACUGUAUUAUCGUUAUCGUUGUUUCUUUUAUACUGAUAAAGGGUGUCAGUGAAAUUUAUGAGAAUACAAGAGAUCCCAUUGAAAGAUAAGGUAAUCUACAUGUGAUGUGGGUGAAAUUUUCCCAAAGAAAUAGAUAGUUAAACAUGAGGGAU